AACAUGUCAUCCGAUGGAUUACCGACGAAGUCGAAAGAAAAGUAUAUCACAACAUACGAAAACUUUAUUUCUUGGCGAAAAGAAAAGAACAUCACUUCGUUCUGUGAGGAUGUAUUAUUGUUGUAUUUUGAAGAAAUAUCCGCAAAAUAUAAACCUACUUCUUUAUGGGCUUUUUACUCCAUGUUGAAAUGUGGUUUGAAACGCAGGCAUAAUGUUAAUAUUAAAGAAUAUUCCAAAUUACGCGCGUUCUUGAAGAAAUUAUCUAAAGGGUAUGAGAAGGAAGUGAAGAAAGUGCUCACAUUCGAGAAUGUUGAGAAGUUUAUAGAUGAGGCGCCCGAUGAUAAAUAUCUUGCCACCAAGGUAGCCCUAAUUCUUGGAGCCACUGGGGGCCUAAGGCGGCAAGAACUAUCGAAACUCACAACAAACCACAUAGAGAACCAUGGAGAAAUGUUCAUCAUAAAAGCUCAUAGCAAAAACAAGUUACAAGACUCUUUUGCAGUCCAAGGGAAAUAUUAUAAUAUAGUUAAAAAAUAUCAAGACUUACGUGUAGCUUCAGCAAGUAAUCGCUUUUUUCAAGCAUUCAGAAAUGGCAAAUGCCGUGCCCAAGUGAUUGGGAUAAACAAAUUUAGUACGAUGCCUAGAGAGAUUGCGGAGUUUUUGAAGUUGCCGGAUGCUAAAUUGUUUACGGGGCAUACUUUUCGUGCAGUGUCACGGGUGUGGUGCGGUGUUGAGGCUUCGGCUAAGGUGGAACGAUGUAAAGGUGAAGAUUAUGUUUUAUUCAUUCUGUAUUCGUUUUUAUUAAAUGAGUAA